GACCCGGUACGGUCUGACGAGCGGUCCAAGGAAAGGAAACCGAACAAACUCUGUCAAAUGCUGAGAUUAUCGAGCAAGUGCAGCAUUUUUGCUGCAGUGCUGCUGAUAUUGCUGCAAGACACUCGAGGAGCAGAAAAUGAGACAACACCAACACCAACAACAACAACAACGCCAAGUGAUGCAAACACAGCCUAUUGUACGCCCUCGCUCUGCGAGCUGUUCAAUGGCACACACAUCGUACAGAUGCCGCACAUCGGUUGCGGCAACAACGGCAGCUUCGCCCCUCGCUGCGGUCCCAAGCCCCAUUUACUGUACAUGAGUGAACGGCGACGAACUCUAUUACUGGACCUGCACAAUUUAGCCAGAGCCCGUAUAGCUGGAGGCGAACUGCCGGGCUACAAGCCAGCCGCUCAUAUGCCGCUCCUGCGCUGGGAUGCCGAACUAGAGCAUCUGGCCACACUGCACGCCAAGCGAUGCCAGUUUGCGCACGACAAGUGCCGCAAUACACCGCACUACAAGUUCAGUGGACAGAACAUUGGCUACUUUUGGAUCGGACGCGACUUCAAGUCGCAUUCGAGGCGUAUGAAGGCCUUUGUUGUGAACUGGUUUCGCGAGUACUUGGAUGCGAAUCAGACAUUCAUUAAUAGCUACCGUCCGCAUCCGCAGGGGAAAAAGAUUGGCCACUUCACACUACUCGUUGCCGAUCGUGUACAUCGAGUGGGCUGCGCAGCUGUUCGAUAUCUUGAUCCACAACCACAACGAGGCGGCAACAUAUUCCAGUUUAUGCUCACCUGUAACUACGACUAUAAUAACAUAUUUAACGAGCCGAUCUACCAAACGGGACCGAUGGCUUCGAAGUGUCCAUAUCGAGUAAGCGAGAAAUAUCCAGCAUUAUGUGACUGGAAAGAUGCCGUUUAUGACUACGAUAGCGAGGAGAGUGCCGAGGAUGGCAAUUUACUAGACAAUAACAUACCAAUUUAAUUUUUUAAGUAUUCUGCCCGCCACAAAUUCUACCUAUCCUAGCUAUCAAUUUUAUAUAUAUAUUUUUUUUAUAGAACACUUGAUGUAAGAUUAUGAAAUCCUCCAAACGUAUGUAAGUAAGCUCUAGGGGUACCCAACUAGUUUAUUAUUAUGAUUCAUUUCCUCGUGUAUUUUUUUUAAUGAAAGCCGCUUAUUUUGAUUCAUGCUGCAUGAACCCACAUUGCCACGAUUAUUUUAAGAUUCCAUAACCCAAAUAUGAUAUAUACCU